UCUUCUGAUAGGAGAGAAACCGGCACGUGGUACCGACAGAGAGCUAAGAUGACCGGAUUCCAGUAGCAGUUCGUUUCCUGUCGGGUAUUAUAUCCUCUCCACCCAGAAUCCGGUCCUCCUGGGCUGGGGGGACAGAUUUCCCACCACAAACACAGGCAACGCUACCGGCUCUGGCAGUGAAAAGGAGGAAGACUCGGACUGAGGCUGAAGAGCAGGCUGACCGGGGGCAGAUGGAGGAAAGUAGAGAGGGUGCGAUGAUGACUUUCAGCCCGUGGGCCUUCCUCCCCCCCCUCUUCUCUGUGGGCACUGCUGCUGGAUUGUGGAUGGUAUACUUCAUGGCAGUUUACAGUGAGAACAUAACACCGCUGAGCACAGCAGAGUACAGGAGAGGAAAUGGAUCUUUGUAUCCUCCCUUCAUAAGCGUUGCAGGAAACUUUCCACCAGCCAGUUGCUUCUUCAGCGAGGUCAUGAGUCUGGCAGCGUUUCUGGGGUUCAUCAUCGGCAUCCUCAGAUACCUUCAGCUGAAGAACAGGUCAGACAAAGCCUGGCUAAACUUCGUUAGCAUGCUAGCUUUCUGUGUCGGCUGCUUUGGAAUGACCCUCGUUGGAAACUUCCAGUUAUUUAAUAUGCUGCUGAUUCACAACGUGGGCACGUUGAUGACGUUUGGGCUGGGCACGCUGUACUGCUGGGUGCAGUCUUACAUCACCCUGCGAGCCAACCUGCAGAACGAGGGGAGGCCGGUCGCCAUCGCUCGCUUCCUGCUGUCUGCCUCCAUCACGCUCUGCUUCAUUCUGGCCUACGCGCUCGUCCCGUUCUCCCUCAUGCACGCCGCUCGAUGCCAGUGGGCGCUGGUCAUGUUCUUCCUCAUCUUCAUCGGCACGUUUGCUGUCGAAUUUCGUCACAUCCACUUGGAGGUGGUGUGCACGAACACCAAAAACCAUCCCAUCAGCGAGUCGGACACCACAGUGUUCAGACAGCAUCAGGACCAGCGUCGGGACCAUCUGGAGGACCAGCUGUGGGACCGGCAUCAGGACCAGCGUCGGGACCAUCCGGAGGACUAGCUGUGGGACCGGCAUCAGGACCAGCGUCGGGACCAUCUGGAGGACCAGCUUACAGGUCAGCUAGAAGAAGGUUUUUUAACGAUCCAAAGACGGGACAUCCAGGGAGCGAAUCAGUCCUCAUUAUUUGUGUUCUACAAUCGUGUUAAGCUUUAAGUUUGUCCUCCAGUCAGCCACUCUGGAGAAAACUACAAUCACUACUUUGUAAGUUGUUUGUUUCAUGUACCUGUCUGUUGCAUUUAAAAGUGCAGUUUACUUUCCAUUUUGUCUUUAUUAGAGUUUUAUUUCUUUAUAUGGUCUUUAGAUUAUUUAGAAAUGUUUCAAAUGAUUCUGCUCAUAUUUCUACCAGUAUACAUACUGUACUGCAUGGAUUUAUUAUCAGUACCCAACUUAUAUCAAUAAAAGGAAUUUUUAUUGA